CACAGGAAGGUUUUUUCUACUUCAGGUGUAUUGGUACAGCCACAUAACCAAAAAUAUUUAAUAGUUGUAUGUUCAUCAGGGAUGAAGUUUAAAGUUUAAGUGUAUAAAGUUGAACUUAGAUUUGUUACCAAUCCGUUGUAGUUGCGCUGGUUAGGGUAUUUGGCUCUCGCAUCAAGAAACCCGAGUUCGAUUCCCGCGACGAAACUUAUUAAUUUUUUUUCCCCAAAACUUUAAAAUUAAAAUUUUCAUAAUUUCUAUGGAAAAGAACUGAUUUUUUUUACAGAUUACCCAACCUUUCUUGGUGCUCUUUCAUUUCUAAGGUUAUUGCUGAUUAUCGCAUUUAUCGCAAAAGAUUUGGUUCUAUGGGCUUCUUUUGAUGUCAAGGAUGCUGGCAAUUUCAGAGAGGGCGAGAGGAGGCCGGUGGUGAGCGACUGAGACUUCAGAGGGAGGGUGAGGGAGAAAUGGUAGAGGGGGCAGCUGUGUUUUUGAGUGGAAGGGGUAAUGUAGACUUUUCCAUAUAAUAAUUAAUAUUUUUGAUUUAGAUCGAGACAUGUAUACCUCCCCGAAACUGAAACACUUGAGUGAAAUUCUCAUAGCGGGAAUUGUAGCCCACAUUUUCCUGACCUCGCACAAAAUCACAGAGUAGACUACAAGUCUCUUUACAGUGGAGGCAGUGAAAGAGGAGACACAUAGGAAGGAAGCGGAAAUGGCUGUGGAAGAAGAAGACGACGAGCAUGGUUGCAAGGAGAGAGUUUUACAGAAGUACUUUUUGCAGGAAUGGAAACUCGUAAAGUCUCUCCUGGAUGACAUCGUUUCCAAUGGCCGCGUCUCCGAUCUUUCCUCCGUCCACAAGAUCCGAUCCAUCAUGGAUAAGUAUCAGCAGGAAGGGCAACUUCUGGAGCCUUACUUGGAGAGCAUAGUUUCUCCAUUGAUGUCAAUUAUCCGAACUAAGACAAUAGAAUUAGGCAUAGCUUCGGAUGAGAUUCUUCAAGUAAUUAAGCCAAUUUGCAUCAUUAUUUAUUGCCUUGUUACUGUCGGUGGAUACAAGGCAGUUAUAAAGUUUUUUCCACAUCAAGUUUCUAAUUUGGAGCUUGCAGUCGCUCUCUUGGACAAGUGCCAUGAUACAGCUUCAGGGACGUCGUUGCGGCAGGAAAGUACAGGAGAAAUGGAGGCAAAAUGUGUGAUACUGUUGUGGCUUUCUAUUCUUGUAUUAGUUCCAUUUGAUAUCUCCUCUGUUGAUACUAGUAUUGCAAAUAAUAAUGAUAUUUGCAAACUUGAACCCUCCCCUCUGGUUUUGAGGAUAAUGAAGUUUUCUAAGGAUUACCUUUCUAAUGCGGGUCCCAUGCGCACCAUGGCUGGAUUGCUUCUCUCUAAGCUUCUGACGCGUCCCGAUAUGCCAAUGGCCUUUACCGGCUUCAUUGAAUGGACACAUGAAGUAUUAUCUUCUGGAACAGAUGAUGUCAUGUCUCACUUUCGGUUACUAGGUGUUGUGGAAGCAUUGGCUGCCAUUUUCAAGGUGGGUGGUCGUAAAGUUUUGAUAGAUGCUAUUCCUAUUGUUUGGAAUGACACGUCAUUAAUGGUCAAAUCUGGUAAUGCAUCUCGUAGUCCUUUGCUUCGGAAGUAUUUGGUGAAGUUAACUCAGCGGAUAGGACUCACUUGCCUCCCCCAUCGUUCACCAGCCUGGUGUUAUGUAGGAAGAACCAACUCACUUGGAAAGAAUAUUUCUCUGAAUGCAUUGAAAAUAGCCGAUCAGUGGAGUCAUGAAGUGAAUGCCAACACCCACAAGUCAAAAGAAACUGCAAACAAUGUGCAAGAUGAAGAUAUGGAUGUUCCAGAAAUUGUAGAAGAGAUCAUUGAGAUUUUACUUUCUGGAUUGAAGGACACGGACACUGUUGUACGUUGGUCUGCUGCAAAAGGUAUAGGCCGAAUAACUUCCCGUUUGACAUCUGUCCUCUCAGAAGAGGUCUUGUCGUCUGUUUUGGAGCUGUUUUCACCUGGAGAAGGUGAUGGUUCAUGGCAUGGAGCUUGCUUAGCAUUGGCUGAACUAGCACGUCGAGGGUUGCUAUUGCCUGUCAGUCUUCCAAAAGUUGUGCCUUUUAUCAUCAAGGCACUGCAUUAUGAUAUUCGAAGAGGGCCACAUAGUGUGGGGUCUCAUGUACGUGAUGCUGCUGCAUACGUUUGUUGGGCAUUUGGUCGGGCAUAUUAUCACACUGAUAUGAGAAAAGUACUGGAACAGCUUGCUCCACACCUAUUAAUAGUGGCCUGCUAUGAUCGUGAGGUCAAUUGCAGAAGAGCAGCAGCUGCUGCUUUUCAGGAGAAUGUUGGAAGACAAGGGAAUUAUCCGCAUGGCAUUGACAUAGUGAAUACUGCAGACUAUUUUUCUCUUUCUUCGCGAGUAAACUCUUAUCUCAAUGUUGCUGUCUCUGUUGUUCAGUAUGAAGGAUACCUAUAUCCAUUUGCCGAAGAACUGCUGCAUAACAAGAUUGGUCAUUGGGAUAAAGGCUUGAGAGAACUUGCUGCAGAGGCCAUUUCAGCUCUUGUCAAAUAUGAUCCUGAAUAUUUUGCGAGAACUGUUUUAGAGAAAUUGAUUCCUUCUACUCUAUCCUCUGACCUAUGCAUGCGUCAUGGUGCAACCUUGGCUGUUGGGGAAGUUGUUUUGGCUUUACAUCACUGUGAUUACACUCUUGCAACCGAUAAACAGAAAGACAUAGCUGGUGUUGUUCCUGCUAUUGAAAAAGCUCGUCUUUAUCGUGGGAAGGGUGGAGAGAUAAUGCGUUCUGCUGUUUCCCGGUUCAUUGAAUGCAUCUCCAUGUGUUGUUUGACAUUGUCCGAAAAGAUAAAACAGGGUCUGCUUGAUACACUAAAUGAUAACUUGAGGCAUCCAAAUUCUCAAAUACAGCUUGCUGCUGUGAAGGCUCUCAAACACUUUGUUCAAGCAUACUUUGUCACUGCAAAAAGUGGAAAUGCAGGUGGUAUAACAUCAAAGUACCUGGGACAACUGACUGAUCAAAAUGUUGCUAUAAGAAGAGGAUCUGCAUUGGCACUAGGUGUUUUACCAUAUGAAUGUUUGGCUGGUCAGGGGGAAGAUGUGCUUUUGAAGCUUUGUAGUUCCUGUGCAAUUGAGCAUAACCCCGAGGACAGAGAUGCUGAAGCUCGAGUAAAUGCUGUCAAGGGACUCAUUUCUGUAUGUAAGACAUUAACUCAGGCAAGAGGAAGUUCUUAUAUUUGUUCUGAAGAGGACCAUAUGUCUCUGUAUCAUCUGAUAAAAAACAAAGUGAUGCCGAGUUUAUUUGAAGCUCUUGAUGAUUAUUCUGUUGAUAAAAGAGGUGAUGUUGGUUCCUGGGUUCGUGAGGUUGCUUUGGAAGGUCUUGAGACAUGUACAUAUAUCCUCUGUUCCAUGGAUUCCACUAGGAAAUCCAAUGGGUUUGAGUCUGUGUUAGAUAUGCCUGGAGUGGCUGAGAAUAACCAAAUUUUGGCAUUUUUUGAUGCAAAUCUUGCUGCCCAUCUAAUUGAAGGAAUUGUUAAGCAAGCUGUAGAGAAAAUGGAUAAAAUAAGAGAAAUUGCUGCAAAAGUUCUCCAAAGGAUUUUGUACAACAAGACAGUAUUUGUCCCAUUUAUACCACAUAGGGAAAAGCUAGAAGAAAUUGUUCCUAAUGAAACAGAUUUGAAAUGGGGUGUACCCACCUUUUUAUAUCCACGUUUUAUAAAAUUACUUCAGUUUAGUUGUUAUAGCAGAGCAGUGAUGUCUGGGUUAGUCAUUUCAAUUGGUGGAUUGCAAGAUUCUUUAAGGAAGGUAUCCAUCUCUGCAUUGUUGGACUAUCUUCAAGGAGUUGAAACUGAAGACCCAAAAGAGAGAAUGUCAAGAGAGCAUAUGCUGUCUGCUGACAUCCUUUGGGUGCUCCAACAGUACAAGAAAUGCGAUAGAGUCAUUGUACCUACAUUGAAGACAAUUGAGAUUCUUUUCAGCAAAAAGAUAUUCUUGAACAUGGAGGCUCAUACUCCAAUAUUUUGUGCUGGUGUUUUGGAUUCUGUUGCCAUUGAAUUAAAAGGAUCUAAGGACUUCCCAAAGUUAUAUGCUGGCAUUGCAAUACUUGGAUACAUUGCUUCACUUUCAGAGCCUGUGAACACUCGGGCAUUCAGUCAUCUUCUCACUCUUCUUUGCCAUCGAUAUCCCAAGAUUAGGAAAGCUUCGGCUGAACAAAUUUACCUUGUACUCCUGCAAAAUGGGAAUCUUGUGCCAGAGGACAAGAUAGAGAAAGCACUUGAAAUUAUAUCUGACACUUAUUGGGAUGGUGACAUGGAGGCCGCAAAGCGUCAAAGGUUGGAAUUGUGUGAAAUUUCAGGUCUGGAUAUGGGACUUGUUAGGAGCAGAGAUAUAGUACCGGACAAGGAUAGGGAGAGGAGGCCAGUGGCUAAUGAUGAAAAUGCAUCGUAUUCCUCACUUGUUGGAUCAACUGGGUUUUGACUUCUGACUAAUCAAAAUGUUCAUGAGUUUGAUCGAGUUCCUGGGCCAAUGUUGUGCCCCUCUUUUUCCCUCUCUUUGUUUAUUAUUAUUUUUGGCGGGUAGAGAUCAUACAUCAAAGUAUAUUGAGGACUAAAUGAUAGUAACUUGUAUCAUUUUUUCCCUUUAAAGGGUCAAAAACGACGAGCUUUAUAAUCUGUAUUAUAGAUUCAUAUUUUCUACA